UUUGUAUUUCUCUCCCUCAUUCACUACCAGCAACAAAUAUUAAUAAAUAAUAAUACUAAUACUAAUUAUAAUAAUAUAUAUACAUAUAUAUAUAUACACUCAUGGGGUUUCUCUUUCUAUGAGAAACCUCGCUUUUCCGCUUGAUCACAAUCUUGCAACACACAACUAGCCAGGUACUCCUCCUAUCCCUAUAUGUAAUCUUUGGGAGUUUGCCCAGUUCCCACCCACCCUCAAAAAUAAAAUAAAUCGCCAAAAUACUAUAAAACACAUCCGAAUGACGGCCAUCAACAUCAGUAUACAACUUGACAGUUCCCGAAAUCUCCACGGCCCCCUGUUAUUCCUCAACGACAAUGGCGUGGCAGGGAAAGUCGUCGUUUACAGCUGUGACAGUGCGCAGUUUGAUUCCGUGAGGAUUAUCCUGGAAGGCACGAUACGCAGCUCUCUCAUCAGUGCAGCAAUAUGGUCAUCCGCACAGGGCAGCCGCAUGGAAAUGAAACAGAAGCUCAUCCACAUGCAAACCUCACUGCAGAAAAGAAACCACCAGCCAGAUGACCAAGGAACAGUAAGGUUCCCAUUCCACUUCACCAUCCCCAGCCACAUCCUCAUCCCCAAAAGCGGCGGCGCUUCAUCCACAGACAUGGUCCACCCGCUUCCGCCUUCCCUCCUAGUCGAUGUCGACAGCAGAAGUCUCACCACCCCGUCAAUUUCGACCGCACAGAGUAGCCAACGUGCCGACUGCAGAAUCGCAUAUACGCUGCAUGCAUAUCUCAUGCGCAACGGUAGCACGACGACGGGGACGUUCCGACAUGUCAUGCUGUUUCCAACGCAGGAACCGCAACCGCCAUCAUGUACGAGCGAUUUCCCGGGCGAUUACGCACUGUCGCGAUCGGCCGUGCUUAGGACUGCGAUGCUCUUCCGACGACUGGGCCAAUUGUCUGUAGAAACGAUGGAGCCGGCGCCGCUUGAGAUGAGUAGGAAAAAGAACGGGGCAUCAACUGCCAUCCAUUUGGUGUUAAGGUUUCGCGAGUCGCGAGAAAGGAGCAAGUGCGAGUCGAUGUCGCCGCCAACUCCGGAUUUUGGUGCGGUUUCUUUAAAGUUGAAGCAGAUGACCUUCAUUUCUGUUGAGCCCCAACGACGGCUGCCGGCCACCCGUGACCUAUUGACGUCGCCGUUAAUGGCGAAGGACACGGAGAUCAUCUAUGAGCAGUUGCGGAAGCUGAAGUUUUCGCCGUGGGUGAGAAGUAGAUGGAAAGAGGAGGAUGGGGGAAUUUCGGAUCAGGAAAGACGGGUAUGGGAAACGAAAGCAACACUCAUUUUCACAUAUGCGAAUGGCAAACGCCCAGCUCCCACGUUUAGCUCGGCUUUGGUAUCACGGCGGUACAGUGUUCGCAUCGCUUUUCGUCUGGAGAGGGUUUAUCACGGGACCCUGGAGCUGGAGGUACCACUUCAGAUCAUCUAUAGAGGGGACGGCCAGAUUCCAUUGUCGGAUGAGAGCGAAUUAGGAGACUCCGAACUUGCAUCGUCCGAUGAAACACUGACGCUGCGAAGUGAAUCGCAAUCUACCGCGGUUACUCUGGCCGCUGAAAAUGAACAGGCACCAGAUUAUGUUCCGUGAUUUUGAAGGGCGCGAUUGCGAACGCUCGUAUUUUUCCUGCACAGUAUAUGGUGGGGCCUUCAUGAUGUAUGUACGUAUGGAGAAUAUUGAACGUAAUAAAAAGAAAUAUUAUUCUAAUCCGCUGCCCGAUCUGGAGUAGCGGCAACAAGCUUCACCACAUAGGCAUUUCUUGUCAAGCUGCUCCCAGUAGUGGUUAGAGUAGUCGACAGUAAGCUCAGUGUCAGCAGCGACACCGCGAGAAACAAUGAUAAUCCUUUUCAAUACCUAGCCAGUAGAAUCUUUGAAACUGGCAGUCUGGGCGGCAGGAGUGGUUAACGAAUCUCGUAGGAUUGCCUGAGAAAAGGCUUAGCCAAGGUCCACCAACAAGCAGAGAAUAUGAAAGAAAAACAAACCCACGUGGCCUUGAUAUAUUUGGUACGGCCGUUCUUGUGAAUCUGCUACCAUCACGUCCAUGCCUUCGAUCCCGG